ACUACCUUUGCAUGCAAAAAAUGAGCUACAAUCUCUUCCUCCUGGCUUUCGUCCUGGGGAUUGGUGGAGCCUUCCAGUAUGGGCUGCAGAUAUCCAUUAUCAAUUCUCCUGCUGAGUAUAUCAAAAGUUUCAUCCGUGAGACCUGGCUGAAGAGAUACGGCUCUUCUCCCAGUGAAGAGAUGAUUACUUUGAUGUGGUCCUUUGUUGUGUCCAUUUACAGCAUCGGCGGGCUUCUGGGGUCCUUGUCUGCAGGAUAUUUGUCUGUUAGAUUCGGAAGGAAGAAGGCCAUGCUGUUUGUCAAUAUCCCUUCUCUGCUGAGCGCAGCUCUGAUGGGGUUCAGCCGGCUGUGUGGAUCCUUUGAGAUGAUCAUUGCUGGAAGGUUAUUUGCUGGAGUAUGUGGAGGAUUAGGUCAGAAUAUCCACCUCAUGUAUGCCGGGGAAUGUGCUCCACGAAAGCUCCGCGGGCUGAUUGCCAUAACAGCUUCUACUGCCAUUGCCAUCGGAAAGUUUGUAGGAUUUGCUCUGGGUCUCAGAGAACUUCUCGGGGUAGAUGCUCUCUGGCCUGUUCUCAUGGCAGUACACGCACUUCCUGCCCUCGUUCAGCUUCUCACCCUCCCCUUCUUCCCAGACUCUCCCCGCUACCUGCUCAUUGACAAAAAGGACAAAGAGGGAUGCAUCAGAGCUGUGAAGCAGCUCUGGGGAGAUGGUGACCAUAUGGCCGAAAUAGAUGACAUGAUGGCCGAGCAAGAAGCCAUCCAUGGGGAGAAGGCUAAGAGUGUUUGUGAUCUUUUUCGUGACAAAGGUGUCCGAUGGCAGUUCAUCACUCUCUUCUUGGUCUCCUCAUGCAUGCAGUUAAUUGGAGUCAACGUGGUUUACUUUUAUGCAUACAAUGUCUUUAUAAAAGCUGGAAUUGCCCCUGAUCAAACCCACUAUGUCUCCCUGGGAGUUGGGGUUACCGAGAUCCUUUCCACAGUUCUCUGUGGUUUCCUGAUUGAGCGUGCAGGGAGGAAGACACUGCUGUGGAAAAGUUACACUGUAAUGGCCUUGACUUUAGGGCUCCUCACAGUCACACUUUCACUACAGGACUCCUUUUCCUGGGUACCAUACUGCUCUGUGGCACUCAUCUUUAUUUUCAUCAUGAGCUUUGGCACUGGGCCAGCUGGAGUAUUAUGCCCCUUGCCCACAGAAAUAUUUAUUCAGUCAUACAGACCAGCUGCUUAUGUUUUUAAUGGUGCUACAGGCUGGAUCCAGCUCUUCAUCCUUGGACUUUUGUUCCCUUUCAUUGUGGAAGGUCUUGGUAGUUUCUGUUUCAUCAUUUUCCUGACAUACUGUGUGUCAAUGGCUAUCUUUGUCUUCCUGGUGAUGCCAGAGACCAAAGGAAAGACCAUUCUGCAGGUCAUGGAGGAGUUCAACCGCCUGAACUACCGUGUAAAGAGAAGACAGACAGCCCUACCGCAGAAUAACUGCUCGGUGAUGACUGUUACUAGACUUUAA